AUGGCAGCUCAAGGAGGCGGAGGAGGAGCAAAGUCGAGAUGGGGCUCACUUCUUUCGCAGGCCGUCGCCGGCGUCGAAGCCCGCCUCGACACAAUCCUGGCUGAGGAAGACCAGCCCAAGCCCGCCCCGAGCCCGACGCCCUCCCAGCAGUCAAAAUCAAGCACCGCACCCUCGAGAUCCGACUCCACAAGGAGCAAACCAAACGACAGGCUGCAGGAAAGACUAGCAAGGGCGGUCGCCGCAAAACAGGCUGCAGCCAAAGGAGAUGGGUCAUCCGCGAAGCCCACCCCAACAGCGAGCCCCCGGCAGAGCUUGGAUGUGCCGAAUCGGAGCUCCACGGACAGCGCCGCGCCUGUGUCGUCUGCGCAGGAGAGCCCCAAGCCAGCCUCGUCGCCACGAGCCUCGCAAGACAAUGUGCGGAAGUCAGUCGAGGUAGAGAACCAUGCCGUGGCAGAUACCUCGAGUGCGCCCCGGGUAUCUGAAGAUGUACCCAACACAGAAUCCAGCAACGGGAUCGCUGCUGAACCGACAGACGGCUCCAGUGCGGCCCAGCCGCCCUCCGGUGCGGUCACGGAAUUACAGGAGGAUCGCAUCAAGCAGCUGGAAAAAGCCCUGGAGGAGUUGGCGGCGCAGCAGCAGGAGGAAACUCAUAACUACGUUGAGCAAAUUGACGCGCUGCAGUCGAAACUCCAGUACCUGGCCCGAGAAGCCACUGACUCGGCAAGAAAGGCGGCCAAAGAGGCGCCCGCCGGAGGCUUGGAGAAGAAGCUGGCCGAGAAGGACCAACAAAUAGCUGGACUGAUGGAAGAGGGCAAAAACCUGGCUAGCACGGAACAGAAGCUUCGCGCCAUCAUCAAGAGCCUGCGAUCAAAGAUAGGCGAGAACGAGAAGGAAAUCAGCAAUGUCAAGACCUCAAAAGGCAAGGUUGAGCAGGAAUUGGAGGCCAUGCGGAGGAAGUCCAGGCGCGCAGACGACUUAGAGAAGUACCAAGAGGAGCUUCACAAGCGGAUCGGCCAGUCUCAGAAGGAGAUCGACGCCCUCAAAUCUGAAGGGUCCAAUAAGGACAGGACUAUCGCGGAUCUGAAAGCACAACUCCAAAAGUCGGCCGAGGAUAAGGAGGCUCUUUCCAAGAAGGUCAACGAAGAGGCACUGGCCAAGGAGAGAAAGAGGGUCCGAGACCUGGAAGAACAAGUCUCUGAUUUCAAGGUGGAGAAGGACCUGAUGAUCGAUCGCAGCAAAGCGCGAGAGAACGAACUCCAGGAGAAGGCCGAACGAGCCGCGGAGCGCGCUCGUGCCGUCGAAGUUGAACUGAAGGCCGAGAUACAGGUCAUGGAGAGCAAGAUGGAAUCUAUGAGGGUUAUGGCCGAAGAAGUCUCCUCAGGAGCCAUGGGUGACUCUCAGGCCAAGCUUCUGCGACAAGUCGAGACGCUACAGACGCAGUACGCCAUCGCAACUGAGAACUGGCAAGGGAUCGAAAGCACGCUACUUGCCCGUAUAUCCAACCUGGAGAAAGAGAGGGACGAGGCGCAGCACCGAGAGUCGGAAAUGAGGAAGAAAGCCCGUGAAGCUGCCUUGCGCGCCAAGCGCCACGAGGAAGAACUCGAGGAUACCAAGACGCAGCUCCCUACGAUACUGGAAUCCGUGAAAAGCUUCGAGUCGCAGGUGGAAGCCCUGAAGAGCAGGGCCGAACAGGCCGAGACUGCGUUGGCCGGCGUAAAAGCAGAGCUAGAACAGCAAAAGACAGAGACGAAGGCUGCGAAGGAGCAGGAGAGGCAAGGCCAGUGGUUGGACGAUCCGCCAGCUCCGCCAUUCAAAGGCGGAAGCAGACCAGAGUCGCCUGCUAUCUCUAUGCCAGCGAGAAGCUACAGCACCGAACUCCUCGGAUUUGGAUCACUAUCGAAUAAGUUCCGGAAGCAGUCUGCGCCAUCCAGCAACGGGGACCCCGUGGAACGUUAUACUUCACGAAGGACAUCGGUGCAGCCCUCAAGCAGGCCAUCACUCCACACCACUAAUUCCAACACGCUACCCCCAAUACUCAGUCCCACAAUAGAAGCAUUACCAGCGGCACCGUCAAUACACCCACUAGAGAGGCAAGAUACAUCUGACAGCGCGGAGCUGUCCUCGUCGCCGAAGCAGAUCAUCCAGGACAUGGUGUCCGUGUCGACGGUGGCGGCGGGGCCGUCGGUGCAGCUAGUGGAGAAGCUCAGCGCGGCGAUCCGGCGGCUGGAGACAGAGAAGGUGGCGGCCAAGGAGGAGCUGACGCGCAUCUCGAGCCAGCGGGACGAGGCGCGCGCCGAGAUCGUGGCGCUCAUGAGGGAGACGGAGAACGGAAGGAAGGCGGCCGAGGAGGUGACGCGGCUGCGGGCCGAGGUGGCCGAGGUCAACGAGCGCUACGAGACGACGCUGGAGCUGCUGGGCGAGAAGAGCGAGGCGGUGGAGGAGCUCAAGGCCGACGUGGAGGACGUCAAGGCCAUGUAUAGGGACCUGGUCGAGAGGACGAUCAAGUGA